GUUUGGUUCAGUUGUCUCACUGCAUUUAAUUUCUGGAUUUCCAUCCUCCAGUCACUGGAAAGAGCAGGCAGAUUGAAGGCCCCAAGAUGUCCAUCGCUAAUGCAGCUGCCCAGGCCAUGCUGUCAGACGCCCUGCUACGCGACGGCGCUGGCGGCAACCGCAUCGGUCACCUGGAGCUGGAGCUGCCACUUGACAAGGUCAUCAAGUUUGUGUCCGUGGGGCUGCCCUUACUGCUGGUGUCCAUGGCCUUCGCUCGCGAAAUCUCCAUCGGCCCACAGAUCAGCUGUUUCCCCCCCAAUAACUUUACAGCCAAGCAGGCAGCCUACGUGGACACGUACUGCUGGGACUCCCUGAUGCACCAUGAGUUUGACACAGAUGGAAACUUUGAGGAGCGAUCCCUCUGGGUGCACAAGAUGUUCCCGUACUCUCUGUUGGCUAUGGCCAUGAUGAUGUACCUGCCUGCCCUCAUCUGGCGUUUCCUGGUCAUGCCGUCAUUGGGCUCCGACCUGCUCUUCAUCAUUGACGAGCUGGACAAAUCGUACAACCGCUCCGUGCGAUUGGCUCAGAGCAUCCUGGAGAUGCGCCAGAACACCCAGAACCCCUUCACCUUCCAGGCCGAGCUUGAGAGGGCCAAGCGGAAGCGUUACUUCGAGUAUCCCCUGUUGGAGAGGUACAUGCAGAGCAAGCACGGCUCCUACUUCCUGGUCAGCAUGCUCUUUCUGCGCGGCUUCCUCUUGCUCACCUUCAUGUCUGCCGCCUGCCUCUACCUCGUCUACUUCCACCUAUCCGCCUUUCUCCAGGAUGAGUUUAGCUGCUUUGUCCGCACCGGCUUGCUGCGCGACCAAAACUGGGUCCCAGAACUGGUCCAGUGCAAAAUGACCGGCCAACUGGUCUUCCAGGUUAUUAGCGUGGCUAACGGUGCUAUCUACAUCCUUCUGGUACCUAUCGUGCUGUUCAGCUUGGUCCGCCUCUUCUGUUGGGAUACGACUCUAUUGUCGGUCUACGAGGUUCUACCUGCAUUGGGACUUAACAGCGGUCGCAAGCUGGGCUGCCCGCUCAACGACCUCAACGUUCUUCUGCUGUUUUUGCGAGCUAACGUGGCGCAUCUGCAGUCUUAUGGCAGGCUGAGGGCCGUAUGCUCGCUGGCAUCCCCGCAGAUCGGGAAGGGGAAUGGCGUGAAGGGUGCGGGGAUGCUGACGGCAGAGGAGAUCGAGGAGAGGGCCGAGGCAGCACAGGAGCUGGAGGAGGAAGUGGAGGAGCUGCAGGAGGAAGGGAAGCUCAACCUGGUGGAUAUCAUGACCAUUUUAGGAGCGGCCCGGGGAAACGCGUUCAACUGCACCGAUUCCAGGCCUCUGGUGGAGGAGAAUAUGAGUCUGGGUACUGUAACUCUUAUCUACACUCUCAAACGUAUUCUGCUCGUGGGAUUGUUCACCUAUAUUGUUUGGGAUGUUCAGAAAAUUAUAAAAUGAUGGAGCUCUCUCUGUGAGACUGCAGAUGAUGUUGAAAUUAAAUAACGGAUGGUGGUGUAAGCAGUUUUCAUUGAAUAGCCACUCUACUCUUACUGAAUAUUGGAUGAGGAGGCAAUAGUAGUAAUGGACUUCACUUGAGAUAGCAGUUUUGAUUCAAACUUUUCCAUCUACACUGUGAUACAAAAAUGCUUUCCACAAAUAUUAACUGUCCACAAAUGGUUUUCUUAUACAUGUACUACUAUACCAGUAGGCCUAAUAUAAAUAAGUAUUACAUGUUAGAGAGUUUUUCCUCAGGACUGGAAAGCCUAUAAUUCUAAAAGAGGCUUUUAUUAGGAACUACAGCAAGAGAGCAGAUACAAUUAGUGGUCAUUCCCACUCCUAACUCCCCUCUCUGUCUCCUUACAGAGCCAAACCACCAGGGGUACCAUGAGUUGAAGGAGACUGCAUCAUGUAAAAAUGACUAAAUCACCAAUGGACUGAACCAUCAAUGUGACACCAAUCAAUGUGGAUGAAGGAAAAAUAUACUGAACAAAAAUAUAAACGCAACAUGCAACAAUUUCAAUGAUUUUACUGAGUUACAGUUCAUAUAAGGAAAUCAGUCAAUUGAAAUACAUUUUUAGGCCCUAAUCUAUGUAUUCCAAAUGCCUGGGCAGGUGUGCAGCCAUGGGUAAGCCAGGCCCAGCUAAUCAGAAUUCGUUUUCCCCCCAAAAAAGGGCUUUAUUACUGACAGAAAAACUCCUCAGUUUCAUCAGCUGUCUGGGUGGCUGGUCUCAGACAAUUCCGCAUCUGCAGUUGUAAGACCGGUUGGAAUUACUGCCAAAUUCUCUAAAACAAUGUUGGAGGCGGCUUAUGGUAGAGAAAAUAGCAUUUAAUUCUCUGGCAACAGC